AUGCGCAGCGGCGCCCCAACGGACCAAUCGGGGUCGCUGGGGCCCGGGGGUCCCACGCGGACCGACGAGGGGCGGGAGGCUCGGCUGUCGCUGCCCCACUCCCAACCACCGCCCUCACAAGAGGAGCACGGGGCCGGGGAGGGCCGCGCCCCGGGCGGGGGCGACGGAGAGGAGGAGGAGGACGACGACGACGACGACGAGGACGACGAGGAGGACGAAGCGGCGGAGGAGGCGAGCGCCCGCCAACUUCUGCAAACUUUGCGAGCGGCGGAGGGCGGCGGGGGGCCGCCGGGCGGGGAGGAGGGGGAGGAGGAGCCGCAGGAGGAGCCGCAGGAGCAGCAGCAGCAGCCGCCGCCGCGGCCUCCGCCGCCCGCCCCGCCGCCUCCUCCGCCGCCGGCGGGGCUGAGCUUCUCGUCCGAGCAGGUGUCGUGCGUGUGCGAGGCGCUGCUGCAGGCGGGCCAGGCCGGCCGUCUGGGCCGCUUCCUCGGGGCGCUGCCGGCCGCCGAGCGGCUACGUGGCAGCGAGUCGGUGCUGCGGGCCCGGGCGCUGGUGGCCUUCCAGCGGGGCGACUUCGCCGAGCUGUACCGGCUGCUGGAGAGCCGGCCCUUCCCCGCGGCGCACCACGCCUUCCUGCAGGACCUCUACCUGCGCGCCCGUUACCGGGAGGCGGAGCGCGCCCGCGGCCGCGCCCUGGGCGCCGUGGACAAGUACCGGCUGCGCAAGAAGUUCCCGCUGCCCAAGACCAUCUGGGACGGCGAGGAGACGGUCUACUGCUUCAAGGAGCGCUCCCGCGCCGCCCUCAAGGCCUGCUACCGCGGGAACCGCUACCCCACCCCCGACGAGAAGCGGCGCCUCGCCGCCCUCACCGGCCUCUCGCUCACGCAGGUCAGCAACUGGUUCAAGAACCGGAGGCAGCGCGACCGCACCGGGGCCGGCGCGGGGCCCGGGCCCGGCAAGAGCGAGUCGGACGGGAACCCCAGCACGGAGGACGAGUCCAGCCGCAGCGCCGAGGACCCGGAGCCGGGCGCCGGGGUCGCCGGGGCGGCCGAGGGCCCCGUGGGGUCCGUGUUCCUGCCCGCGGCCCCCGGCGGGACCCCCGGCGGGACCCCCGGCCCGGCGCCGGUCCUGCUCAACGGAAACUUCCUGGCGGGCGGCCCACCCGCCGUGCUGCUCAACGGGGGCUCGGUCAUCAUCAACGGGCUGGCGCUGGGGGACGGACCCACCCUCGCCCCGGCCGUCGGCCCGGCCCUCGGCCCGCUCCUCCUCAACGGUGCCGCCCCGCAGCCCCCAGACCCCGCCGCGGCCGGCGCGGGGAAGGCCCGGGAGGCCCGGUUGGCCGAGGGGCCCGGGCCGCUGCCCGGCGUGGCCGAAGAGAAGCCCCCGCCGCCCCCGGGCGCGCCGGUCUCUCUGCCCCAGGUGGUGCCCGGGUCCCAGGCCCCCGGCGCCCUGCAGCUCUCCCCGGCGGUGCCCGCCCCGCAGCCCGGCCCCCUCCCCGCCUCGCAGGUGGUGCCCGCCUCCCAGCCCGGCCCCGCCCCGCCUGGGCUGUCCCCGGCCCAGAUGGUGCCCCUGUCCCCGUCGCCCGUCUACUCCGUGCCCGCCGGCCCCGCGCCCCAGCUCCUGUCACUGCCCCAAGUGGUGCCCUCCCCCCAGGUGGUGGCCCUGCCGCAGGGCGUCGGGCCCCUGCAGCUCCUGGCGGGGGGCGGCAGCCCCGUCAAGGUGGCCGCGGCCGGCUCGGCCCUCGGCUCGGGCAACGUCCAUCUCAUCAACACCGGCGUCGGCGUGACGGCCCUGCAGCUGCCCGCCGCGGCCCCGGGUAACUUCUUGCUGACGAACCCCGUGCCCGGCGGCCCCAUCCUGACGGGCAUGAGCCUGCAGCAGGGCAAACUCGUCCUCACGGCCACCUUCCCCGCCAGCAUGCUGGUCUCCCCCGUCCUGGCCACCGCAGCCCCCGCCCCCGCCGGCCUGGCCCUGCCCGUCAAGCAAGAGCAGGGCCCCGGGCCCGCCCCGGCCGAGCCCCCGCCCGCCGACGCCGCCCUCCUGGACCCCUUCGGCGGGCCGCCGCCCCCCGGCCCGGCUUUCUCCCCGGAGCCCCCCGACUUUGGGACCCAGGGGGGCCUGCUGCCCGGCUUGGCCGCGGCUCCGGCCGAGGGGCUGGCGCUGGCGGUGGCGCCCGCGUGGGGGGCCGGGGUGCUGGAGCUGGGGGGAGGGGGGCCGGUGGGGGGGCUGUUCGAGAUGGACAAGGAGCUCCCGGCCGCGGCCCCCCACGCCCUGCUGCGGCUGCCCGACGCCGAGGGCCUGCUGCUGGAAGCGGGCGAGCUGGGGCCCGAGGGCAAAGUGCUGACCCAGCUGCAGUCGGUGCCCGUGGAGGAGCCCCUGGAGCUGUGAGGGGGCAGCCCGGUGUCGGACCUCCUCCCCGGGGCCAGGUGCUUCCAAGACGAGACCCCCCCCCCCCCCCCGGCGUCAGGGGGGAAACGGACUCGCCCGGGCUUCCCAGCCCCCGUCACACUACCGUCUUCCCGCUCAGAACACUAACCGGCUCCCUCACUGAAGGGAGAGAAAGACCCCGACCUCCAGCCGAGGCCUAGGACACCCCCCCCCCCCGCCCCGUGGGGCUCCAGCCUCUGUUACUUCCCCCACCUCUGCUGCCCUGGGGUCGGUGAGGGGAGGGUGGGCGUUCCCCCCAGACCCGCACCCUGAUGCCGGGCGGGGGCUUGGGGAGGGGGCCGGGGGAGGGUCUCGGCCCAGCUCGACCAGGUACAAGGGCAGAACUCCUGGGCUGGAACCCGUGGCCCCAACCCUAGCCCCACUCCCCGGUACUGUAUCACUCCGGAAGGGAUAUCUACCCACAAAUAUAUAUAUACUGUCUAUAUUAUUAUACAGAUGGUUUCACAGCCA